UGUUUUAAAGGAUGCUUAUAAUGAUAUAAUAAAAUUCUACAAUCUAAUAUAUAAAAUUCUCGUGUCGCGGUGUUUGUGGUUAAACUCCUCGGAAACGGCUUUCCCGAUUCUCAUGAAAUUUUGUGUGCAUAUUGGGUAGGUCUGAGAAUCGGACAAUAUCUAUUUUUCAUACCCCUAAAUGUUAAGGGUAGUCCACCCCUAAAUUUUUUUUUUAUGAUACAUCAUACAUAAAUACAUACAUCCCUAAAUUUUCAACUUUCUACCACUAACCCCUAUUUUUUAUGGCGGUACGAAGUUCGCUGGGUCAGCUAGUAGUAAUAUAAAAUCGCUGUACGUCCGUUCACGCGGUAAUCUUGGAAGGCAAGUCGCCGCCACCACCGCCCCGCAACCGCGCGCUGUGGUGGUGGCAGCGAGCACAUCUCUCGUGCCUCAACAGUGCUCAUAACCGGAUUUUAUAAAUUUCUUAUAAAUGCAGUUCGUUUUGUUUUUUAAAUAAAUACGAAGUCUUCCUUCAGCAAAAACUUCUAUCUACAGAUAUUAUUUUACAGUAUUUAGGGUACUCUCCCUCCACGUGGCAAAGUUUUGAGACGCCUGUGAGUAUAACCUGUUUAACUUCCUUUAAAAGUACCAUGGUAAUAAGUAUUGUACCAUGAUUGUACCUAAUUCUUAAUUCUUCUCAUAGAGAAAGUAAGCAUGAUUCCUCUAUGGAAAUUGACACUGUGGUGAAACUCAUUGUCACUGCCCAUGUAAUUAAUUUGUCGUCCUCAGAAUAAUCCUGAAAAAUUUAUCUUAGAUUUUUUAUUUGGUGUAUUUGUAACUUAUCUCCAAAUACCAAAUUGAUUAUGACGACCCAUCAACCGGAUCAUUGUAAUGCGAUCAUACCCCCUGAAUACUUCCAGGGUCACCAGUGCAGUUUACCAGCGGACAAACUGUGUACUUUUAAAAUUAAAUGUGCUCGAUGGAGAAAGAUCAUACUGGACUUGAUAACUGUCCAAACUAGUGAUGCUAGAGCCCGGAAUUUAUACAAGUCGUAUGCAUCAUUGUGCUCGGAGAAGUAUCGGCAUUAUAUGUACUACCCGAUGAUCAUACAUCCCUUCAGCAAACUUCGAUUUUGGCUAGAAAUGUUGUUCGUAGCUUCCAUCGUAUUAAGCUACACGGCUUUAGCGGUCCACUACAGUGAAACUUAUAGGCGUGAGGAUUUUCACGACGUACUUCUACAUAUCAGUGACAUUCUGAUGUUGUGUAAUAUAAUAAGCAACUACUGCACGGGCUAUGUCGAAGGCGUCACUUGUCAGCGCGUCGUGCUGGAUCCACUGAAGAUCUUCUGGAAAUACUCCACGACGUGGUUUCUACUCGAUCUUGCUUCCACUGCGUCUUAUGUGCCGCGUUUGUUUACUGUUAAAAGUAUCAACUUGCAAAUUCUUCUAGCGAGCAUGAAGAUUUUAAGGAUACCUGCGCUCUAUCGGUAUUUAGGCAAUAUUAAUGAUGCUUUGAGGAGCGGGAUUUUCCUAAGAACUUGCGUGGAAAUUUUUAUUUAUCACUACAUUUACCUUAUGUUCAGUGUCUUUAUCCAAUUCUCUAUGGAAUACGUUGCGGAGGGGUCUUACUAUCCGACAAACCCCAGGAACUGCUCUUGGAUAUACAAUGCGCGCCUGUGGAAUGCGUCGACUUUCGAUCGAUUCGUCUAUUCCUUUCAUAGAGCUGUUGGUUUGCUUAGAAAAAAUUCAAACUUAACAUUCUUCCAACAUGGAUGCGACGUGGAAAUAUUUAUCAUGAUAUCUUGGACUGUUGGCAAGUUGCUUGUAUUCCAUUCUGGCUUGAAGUACUUCGUCGCAGUGUACGGUGUAGAAUCAGCCGCGUGCAAGUAUUACAAGAUAAAGAGACAAGUUGAAAUGUACAUGAAGCAGAGGAGAUUGCCACCUAGAAUCAGAGAGAAGAUACUGAAAUUCUACGCCAUACGAUACCAGACCACUUUCUUUGUGGAAGAGCGCAUCCUGCCAUGCGUGUCAGGCCAACUGCGUGAAGAUAUAAUUAUGCAUACCGGCCGUCAGUUGAUCCGGGAUCUGACCUUUAUGAAACAUCUGCCCAAAAAACUUCUGCUGCAGAUAAGCUUUCAACUCAAACUCGUCAUUUUCACAGCGGGAGAUAUCAUUUACAAAAUAAACAAUAUUGGAGACUGCAUGUACUUUAUAGACAAAGGCACUGUCGCCGUAUACUCGGAAUCUGGCAAAGAGAUCUGUCACCAAGAAGACGGCGACUUUUUCGGUGAAAUUGCGCUAGUAACGAAGCAAAGGUUGCGUACGACCUCUGUGGUGGCUGUCAGCAACUGCGAACUAUUCAUGCUAGACAGAGAAGACUUCAAUAAUUCCAUUGCCUGCUAUCACACCGUGUACGAGCAUAUUAAAGAGGUCGCCAAGUGGAGGCAAGAGAGAACUAGUGUCAUAGACGAACGCCACAAGGCUGAGAUGAGGAACUUCGAUAAAGAUUGAAUUAAUCAGUAUAAAUAACUCGUGCCAUUAAAGAAACGAAUCGUAAAUUCGGACGCAAUACAUUUUUCUCUCUCGCACGUUACUAGGACAGCAUGUGUGAGAGGGACAGAAUGUUUUACGUUGUCAUUUGCGGUUUUUUUUUAUUCGCGCGAGUUAUAGAUACCUACCUAAUUAACACUUCGAACAUUACGUACUUAGGUUUAGUUUUUAAGCUGCAGCUCUGUAAGACAAAGCUUUAUGUAGGUAUCGGGCCUGAUUUUAACGUAAUUCUUUUAACGCACGAUAUACUGCUUGCAAAUUUUGUUUAGAUUUAUUUUACGAAUAAGUAUCUUUUAUUUAAGGAAAGCGAAUAAAACUAUUUAAGUUUAAAAUCUUGCCUUUAUUUAAAUAAACCAGCCACCGUAAUUUAAGCGUAGGAUCGAUCAUAAUUUAUGAGAAUCUAAAAUACUGAUUGUGAUGAUCAACAAAAGUUUAAAUAUAUUACAAACGGACCUGUCAUAAUAAAUUAAUAUUUUAUAACACGUUUACAAACAAAUUAAACUUGUCACAACCGUAAUGAUAAAAAUUUAAUUUGAUAGUUCAUAAAUAUUAAAAAGUAGAGUAAAAUCUACAUUUGUUUGUAAAUAAUUAUCUCCAAACAAUAUUUGGGAUCAUAAAAAAUGGAACGUUUGUGCUCAUUUCAGUAUUAAUAAAUUUAUUUCUAGUCAUCGAGCUAAAGGGUCUUAUGAAGAUAAAAAGAUAGAAGUAAGAAAGAAACACUCGACAGAUAAACGGACGGAUAAGCUGAAGGCCAACGAAGAAAUAGGGCUGCGUACCGUACCGUACGGAAACUUUAAAAAGACAAGAUAUAUAUUUCCAUUCUAUAAACCCAAAUAUUGUUUGUUACUUAGUUUGAAUAUUGCCAUUAGCAAGCACACUGACGCGGCGAAACGCGGUAACAAAAUAGCUGUAAUCUUUCGUACACUAUAGCGCAGAGCAGACCAGAAGAGGCGCUGAAUACCGGUCAUUCUCAGUACAAGGUCUCCCGCCGUAGUUUUGCGAACCGAUGGCGUAGCUUCUCAACCUUCACAAAGGCUUAUAACAGCCUAGAUUGAAUAAAUGAUUUUUGAGUGAGUUUGAUACAUACAGCUCAACCGCAGAAUAGCCUUAAAAACGCCGUGCUCCGCUCCGUGGCUCUUGGCCGCGUUCGGAGUUGCCACGCAUAUCUUCGCUGCGCGUAAGAAUUUAUAUUGCAUAUGAAACGUAUGAGCCAUAUCUCGAGUUAUUCGCGAACCCCGUUUUUGCCGUUGAUAUAGACGAAAUUAUAGGAAAUCACAAACGGUCUAUCUGUCCAGGUGCAACAUAUGCAAUAUAUAUUAAUCGCAUAAAGUAUUGAGCAUAUAUAGUGAACGACAGAUUACCGCAGUUCCGCUAUAGCGUUUAGCUGCGUCGGUGUGCUAAAGGCGAGAAUAAAAUAUUUCAGAAAGUCUUUAUGUAAAGGUAUAUUCCGACCACACCAGAUUUUGAAAAACCAACAUUUAAUAAUUCGUUAAGUAUAAAAUUCUGAGCAUAAAAUUUGAGAUUAAGAAUCCAGGAAAAAGAAAACUUUAUAAUUCAUCACGAUGCAUUGCUUCUAUUGCAUUAGUUUUGCAGCUAUAGCUUGGAUUAUCGAUAGAAUCUUGACUUUUAUUCUCCCUUUCUCCAAAGAAUAGUUCAUCAAUUGGACCUGGACAGUAUUGUUCAAAAAAUUUCGAUUGUAGUAUGUGUUACUACUGAUAUUUAUGAAACAAUAGUUUCGAUGGUAUAUCGAUAAAGUCAACAAAGAAUCGUCACUAUCGAUAGAUCUAUUGGACUAUCCAUACUUCGCAAAAAUUGACUUUGAAUUGUGGUUAAUGUGAUCCUUGCUGUCAUGGAACGGAAAUAAUUAUAGUUUCUUUUAGGAAGACCCCAGAUGCGAUCACGUUAAAAGGAAAGGCAAGGUUAAGUUGUAAAAAACCGUGACAAGUGACGUAUAGUAAAGGAGGCUUAUACCCAAAGGAUUGAACGAAGACUCAGACUGAAGAGAGAGAGAGAGAGACAGACAGACGUAUAGAAAGUGAGAAAUCAGAGUUUAUUAUACAUGCGUUUGUAUCAUAAAGUUUUCACUUUCCAAUGGUAAUUACUCAUAGUUUGCUGUACAUAGGAACACAUGAUGCAACAGACUCUUGGAAAUAAAACAAUAAAUAAUAGGUCAGCCAAUACGACACGUUGCCAAUUUCGCUAUAAAAUAAGUAAAAUUGUAAUACCCAACCUUUGUUUUCAUUAAUUCAAUAAAUUAUUGAUUUAUAUUAAUAAAUAUAUUUUUAAAUUGGAUACCUAUUAUGAUAGAAGAAAAAAUAUGUUUUUAUGGUAAACAUAAAAGCCCUUAUUAAUAAACGAGAAAAAAGCUUAGACUAGUUACACCGUAAUUUGUUCGUAGAACUCAAAAGCAAAUUUAAAAUUCAAUGAACCAAAGACAAAACAUGGAGUAACGAAUACAAGCUAAUUCUUCGUUUAUUACUCACUACUAACUAGGCCCUAAUUCAAUGAAAUAAGUACACUCCCCCUAGUAACAUUCUAAUAAACUAUAUUCUCAUUAUAGAUUACACGUUUCGGGUUGAUAAAAUCAAAGAAACAUUUUAACAAUGUCUCGUAUUAACCAGACCUUUCAUUUAAAUAAAUAAAUUCUUAGUCUGCUGAAUGCGACUGUUUUCUUUUAAUAAAACUAUUCGUUUAUAGCCAAUAAGUACACUCAUGACUCGCAUCACAAAAUAUGGACGUACCAAAGCAAGCACAGUUACCAAAUACUUUCUUAACAUACAUUUUACAUAGAAAACGCUUUGCACUCUAUAUCUACCUAUUUCACGACACUUAUGGAGUCGAACAUACAAAAUGCUAUUGUCAUCUUAUACUCUGAACGAGUUGUGCAGAAAUAUACAUAUAUAACUAGUGUCAUUAAAGAAAGGAAUCGCAAAUGACGAUGUAAGACACUCUGCCCCUUCCGCAAAUGCUAUCCUAAGUAAUGUAGGGCUUACCUGAAGGGAAGCCCUGGGGACGCAGCUUACAGUGACUACGACUGAUAAUGCUGUAAUCUUUCACUUCUUUUAUUUAAACUCUGAAAUUAUGUACAAAAAUCUUCCUGUCAACCGUUAGAGUCUGUGUUUGAAUUCUAUCUCCCAGAAUAUUCGAUAUGAGGCAGAAGUUUCUCAUAUUCAAGUCUUUAAAAUAAGGACAUUUACUUUUUAAUACAACUGCCAGCCGUAGGCAUUACAUAAGAGUUUAUACAAACAAGGAGGGCGUUACGCUACAGGCAUUACAGUAACGAGCGAGAGAGACAAAAUGUCUUGAGUCGGCAUUUUCGAAAUGACACCUUUUUUUAAUGACACGAGUUAUACAUUUCUUUUCACACUUAAUUGCAAGGAACUAGUUACUUUGACACGUUGACAAUAAAGUCGAAAAUGCUUGUUACAUUCUCAACUCAUUGAUCCAACGCAUAGGCGAAGCGCUCAUUGAUUUGUCGUUUUAAAAAUAUCGGCUCUGUCCGCAAAAGUUUGUAAAAAAAAUAUUUUGCAAUCCUUUCGUUCAUAUCUUAAUACUAGAAGUUCUAGCUUAACUACCUAUCACAAUGUUUAAAAUAUGCAUUCUUUUCAGUUCGCUCUAUCUCGGAAUCUGUCUAGCUAAUACCUAAUGGAAUUUUUAAACGUAACCGUAGUUGACAUCUUGCUGUACGUGGUAAUAUAUCUCGUUCACUUUGUAUGGGCCCAUAGCGGCGUCGCCAUACGGCCCAUACAACAACGUCGGCUAUGACGGCGUAUCUUCCGCUUGUCGUUUCGUCACCGCCGCUGUGGUGGUGUAGAACAAUACGCACGGAGUUUUCCACCACGCCCCGAAGUGUAUCACCUCAUCCGCAGUCACCGGAACGAUGCUUAAGUCGUUGAAUAGAUGCCAUUGGGCGUCUUCUUUACUCGUUUGAACGUAAGCGACCAAGUUCUUAGGAUUGUCUUCUACGCAGACUAUCGCUGCUGAUAGCGUAUAUUCCUCUUCAGAUUGAAUGGUCACGUUUUUCUUCUUGUGCUUGCUUUCUGCUCGAUUGUUAGGAGUGUGAGGUUCGGUGGGGGACUGGUCGUUAAUAAUGAUGUCACCAUCGGAUUGCAGUCGAAUGAGCAACUGCUGUGGCAACACACAGUGUGAAUCUUGUGGAGAAUUCUUCGAUGACGAGGCCUGGGAUGAAGUCGGCCUGUCUGGAUGUUUAAAUCUGCAACCUGGACGAGCGCAAUGCAGUCCGUACCGGCAAGGUUUACCGCUUCCGCCCCGUUUCGCCACUUCGGGCGUUUCUUUUUGUGCUCCUUUCACCCAAUAUGCCUUUUCGUGAGGACCUCCGCAGUUGAUAGCAAGUAUUGGUGGUAAUCUGACUAUCCUCCCUCGCUGUGUAGUAGGCGUGAAUCUAGAACAGUUCUCACACCACGCGGGAGUACUUCUCCUCGCCGCGAGCGAAGCGCGAACUAGUUCUACGAAACCGCCGCGUGCUUCGCUUCCCUCUCUAGGCGCACCGGUUGGGUAUUGGAGCGCACACGCUAACACUACGGAAUCGCGUUCUUCCUGAUGAGUACACUUCAGGCAGCGAUUCAACUGGUUGCGGCCUAUAGCGAACAACUGAGAGAUAUCCGACUCUUCCCUCUCUGAGUGCCGACUGUUUUGUAACUCGUGGUUCUCGUUGCUUAAUACCGGCUCCGUUUCACUAACGCCUUCUUCUCUUACGGGCCAGCCAUCUUCUCUUAUCUCCUCCUGAUCAAACUCAGUUGAAGGGCCAAGAAACUCUAUUUCAGUAUAUUGAUACUCUUCACAGAACUGGCCAUUCAAGUUUGGUGUUGCCAGAUUACUAACAAGGGGCUUGGUGUUGCUAGCUCGCGCUUUCGGCGGACUACUGUUUUGUGCGAGGAGAGCAAGUUCCUUCUCUUUCUUUCGAGUCUCUAAAAUCUCGUAGUGGAUUUGAUGCAGAAUGAAGCGAUUCCAACUCUGUAUCAGUGCGAUUAGAUCGACUCUUGCAUCUAAACCCCGGUCAGGCAAGAUAAGCCCUAGGGCAGCCGCUUCAGGAACGGUUCUAAAAGCCCGAAGAAAAUUACUAGCUUGACAGGGAGAGCCCCCUGAUGUAUCCAACAUUCGGAAAAGGAAACCUAAUUCACAGCUAAGACAGAAUUCUUUGGCACAUGUGUGCGCUAGCAGUGUUGAUUUAACAGGUUGCGUAUAAUACAGCACCUGAAGCAUGGAAUUGCAAUAGGCAUUCGGCAUCGUAGAUUCUAGCCCUGGAAAACCUGUCUUAUUGCAAUUCUCCAAAUCGAUAUCGUUCGGUCCAUGUUUGUUAUAUCGCAAAUCCAUCU